ACUAUUUGCCAUGUCUAGAGUUUGUGUUUUCUUCCUUCUUUCAUUUAUUUUUUCGGUGCACGCCGACCCGAAAGUGGUGAAUCUAUUCCGAGUUACUUCACUUGGAUCAUUGACAAUCAGUGUUGAGAGUGGAGGGAAGAUUUUUCUAGCAUCCGGUGAUGACAAUCAGUAUCUGAAGAAUAUCCAGCUUACAACGGGGACUACAACUAUUACCCUAGAUAAGUUGAACGAUUUGAACGAUGAUGGAUCUCCAAAGUUUAUCACUGCAGCUGGAAGUGUGAUUCUUCAAACCAGUAACAAUGACACCACAACCAGUAGGCUUAGUGGAUAUAUCUAUGUCACUACAUAUCUACAAGCACAAGAUCCAACCUUUUCUGUGUACGUCCUCAAGACCACUCAAUCAAUCAGCAAAAUGGGAAUGAAGUCAACAGUAGUAGUUCUCAAUACUGUUUUAAGACAAGAGCUUAUUGACUACGAUAUGCCAAGAGCCAUAUCAUAUGUGACAAAAAUCGAUCAUUCCCCGAAUACAAAUCUCUACUUCCAAUGGGAUAUUCCUGCUUCGAACUGGAAUGAUGUGACCAAUAAUACAUUUUUCCGAAAUCCAAUCGAGUUGAAAAAUGGAACGGGUCCACAUUUUAAAGUUUUCUUCGACAACAUCGAACCCCUUCAAAUUGGCCUAAACUAUUGGUACAUCACUUCUAUGGGUCCCUUCAAUUUGUUUUUAGAGAACAAAUAUGUGAGUGAUCACAGUUAUACGACCACUGCCGUCAACACAACUGGCAUUAUUGUGGGUAAAUCGUUCUAUGCCGACCGUGUCGUCAACUUCCAAUCAGAUACUUCAAGAUCGUCUGCGUCUGGGUUUUUCGACUCUGCAUAUAUCACCGAUGAUCUUACCAUCAAAUUGCAAUUUGUCGGUGCUAGUUUUUCGAAUACUUUAAGAAAAGAAAGUGAGACACAAAACUAUGCCUGGUCCCCUGCAGCACCGGUAAAUCUGACAGUUACCUCGACAUCUACGCUUCCUGGAACAUUUUACAUUCAAUAUUUCGCAUUUGCGGGUGAUCUUCAACCACUGACAAGUACAGUCGCAACGAGCUUAAUGCUACAAACAUCGACGACUACUGUAGCAAGCACAGCAGUAACUACAUCACGAAUAAUCACUACCACCAAAGGAUCAUCUUCAAAUUGUGGAGUCCAUAUUUUGAUUUCAUUGCUUCUUUCAAUGGUAUUUUGUUAACGUUCUCAUUAUGUCUCUCAUGCUAUCUGGUGCUAAUCAUAAAUCCUUUAAGUCUCAAU